AUGACAAUUCAUCCUUCAAACCUAGAAGGCGCUUCGCCUAUCAUCAAAAAGGCAAUUGAGCGAUUGUCUGCUUUGCCUACUGCCCCCGCUCUACCUAAAGGAGUUUCGGUCAAAGCACAAGCAGCAGUUGCAGUGAUUUUAUAUCAAGCGCCAUCAAUACCAAAUUCAAAUCACGAAAUUCCUGAAUUGCAUGUCAUUUGCACUACUCGUGCUUUGCAUCUUUCAUCACAUCCAGGUCAAGGUAGUUUGCCAGGAGGAAAAGUGGAUAGAACAGAUCGUAGUGUGAUGGAAACUGCAUUUCGAGAAACUUGUGAAGAGAUCCUUCUUCCUGAGGAAACAAUGAAGAAUGGUGAGAUCAUCCCACUAUGUGUAAUGCGACCAUUCUUGAGCAAAACUGCUUUGAUCGUUCAUCCAGUCGUAUUUUGGCUUCCGCCUAAGACAACAACCAAAACACUCAACAGUUUACACCCUUCGCCUGAUGAAGUAUCUGCUAUUUGGAGCUAUCCAUUGAGAGCAGUCUUGAACAGUACUGAACCUAGACAGAUCAGCAAAAUUGUCGAAGGACAGCCGAUCGAAUAUGGAGAACCGCUCAUGCAUUUAAUGGAGCCAGAUCGUGUAGACACACAUAGACCACCUCAAAUGGAAUUCCGUUCAUACAGCGAAGUCCCAUGGAUUCAAAAUAAACCUUAUCGAUUGCAUAGAUUCCGAUCCACGCAUCAGCUCAUCAAAGGACUGACCGCUGAUAUCUUGAUCAACGUUGCUUCUCAUGCAUAUAGAGAUUCACCUUUUGCAGGUCCAACUUAUCAAACGUAUUCAUCUUUACAGCCUAGUUGGGAUGAUUGGGUUUCAUAUAUCGUCAAGCGGAUUCUUUCGGGUGCUCCUCGAGAGAAGAGUAGAUGGGGAGACGGAGAAAGUGGUGAUAGCUACGGCAGUACAGAACGUCAUGGUACACAGAUCGGACAGGAUUACGAUUUAGAAGGUGCAGACAUGAGCAAUGCAGAGGCCAGAAAGCGUGAUCUCGCAUUAACACUUCGUGAAGCACCCGUCGACUGGUCCAAAGACAGCAGCGAUCAUGCCGUCAAACAAGAGAUUGCAGUCUCAUGA